AUGCCUCGCCAAUUCUUCGUCGGUGGUAACUUCAAGAUGAACGGUGUUGCUGAGAGCAUCACCGGCAUCGUCAACAACCUCAACUCCUCCAAGCUUGACCCCAACACCGAGGUCGUCAUCUCUCCUCCUGCUCUCUACCUCACCCUCACCCGCAGCUUGGCCGACCCCAAAAUUGGCGUUGCUGCCCAGAACGUCUUUGACAAGCCCAACGGUGCCUUCACCGGCGAGAUCAGCGUUGAGCAGCUGAAGGAUGCCAAGAUCGACUGGGUCGUCAUCGGUCACAGCGAGCGCCGUGUCAUUCUCAAGGAGACCGAUGAGUUCAUUGCUCGCAAGACCAAGGCUGCCAUUGACGGCGGUCUCUCUGUCAUCUUCUGCAUCGGUGAGACCCUCGAGGAGCGUGAGGCCAACAAGACCAUUGAGGUCGUCACCCGUCAGCUCAAUGCCGCUGCCAAGGAGCUGAGCAAGGAGCAAUGGGCCAAGGUUGUCAUUGCCUACGAGCCUGUCUGGGCCAUCGGCACUGGCAAGGUCGCUACCACUGAGCAGGCUCAGGAGGUCCACGCUGCCAUCCGUGAGUGGCUCGGCAAGACCAUCGACUCCCACGCCCAGGAGACUGUCCGUGUCAUCUACGGUGGCUCCGUUAGCGAGAAGAACUGCCGCGAGCUCGCUACCCAGCCCGAUGUUGACGGUUUCCUCGUCGGCGGUGCUAGCUUGAAGCCUGCCUUCGUCGAUAUUGUCAACGCCCGCAUCUAA